UAUUUUUCAGUCCGGCAUAUUAGUUCUGAAUAAGAUGUUUACUCUGAUUAAUUUAAAAACUUCCCGCAGUUUUCGUUACUGGUGGUUGUGCUGUAAGAUUUUGGGUCUGCAUCCUCCCAACUCUUACAGGACCUUGUAUUUCUUGUAUUCAUUUCUUAUAAAUUUUUCACACUAUGUUGUUACACCAAUUUCGUAUGUGGUUUAUUUCAUAUACGAAUCGCAAACGAUCCACGAAUUAUUUCAAGCCGCACAUGAUUUUUUGUCAUUCAUGGCAGUUAAUGUGAAAGUUAUUGUUCUUCUUUCUGUAAUGGAAAAGUUGCAAACAUUUCAAGAUGCAAUAGAUGCCUUGGAGAUGCAUCCGAAGUUCUCUACAAAGGAUAAUGCCCGAAUUGCUGAAAUGAUAUUAGCGGCGGAUCGAUUAAUGUUGUGUUUUGUUUGCUGUUUCAAUUUAUUCGUCCUUCUGUUUGUCCUUUCCACACUCCUAUCAGCUCAAAGGUCUUUGCUGCUACCAAUGUGGAUACCAUUUGAUUGGAACUCUAGUGGCUUUGUUUACUGGAGUGUUUUAACGUAUCAAUUUUUCAUUGGCUUGCACACUGUGAACCGGAAUAUUUCUACAGAUGCUUUCCCGCCACUCUAUUUGUUGGCACUUUGUGGGCAUUUCGACAUUUUGGCAGACCGUUUCAAGGAUAUUGGGUGUAAUUCCAAUCAAACUGCAGAAGGGAACUGCGAAGAACUAGUGGAUUGCAUUAAAACACACGGAACGCUGAUGAGCGUCUUCGACCAAUUAGCCAGUAUUAUUUCGAAAACAAUCAUCUGUCAAUUUUUGCUAAGUGCUUUGACCAUUAGCAUUGCUUUGGUUCCGGUUUUCAUAAUGAACCUUUCAACCCCACAAAUCAUCAUGUCACUCUCCCUUUGCAUCGCGCUGGUAUUCCAAAUUUUGCCGAGUUGCUAUUAUGGUGACAAAUUCAUGGAGAAAUCAGAAAAGUUCACGACGUGUUUGUACUCUUGCAAUUGGUUGGACCAGUCGCUACGAUUUAAAAGAACGUUAUUCCUUUUCAUGACAGUCACAGUACAGGACAAGGUCAUCUUAGUUGGAAAGUUAGCACCGAUUAAUUUGAUUACAUUGUUGAAGAUAUUCAAGUUGUCUUAUACUUUGGUCAUAUUCAUGAUGCAGAUGACAUGAAUAAGAUGGAUGUCAUUAGGAAUUCACAAGUAGGAUUAAACCUUAGAAUACAUUGUUGUUGUCAGUUUUCUUUGUAAACUAUGCAAAAGUUAAGUGAUAGUUUGUUCAAUUAAACAUUAAUAAGAA